AUGUCGACUCGGCUUGAUAACUUUAUGAAGUCCAAGAACGUCGUCCUCUUCUUUGGAGGCGUUGUUUCUAUGGCAGCGGCAUAUACAAUCUGGGGAAACGAUGGCCAAGGAGUCUUCCCAUCUCAGCCUGACCCUACAGGUGAUCCCAAAACAUGGACAAAGGAAGAAUGCAAAUUGUGGUUGAAUAAGAGAAAUCUACAUCCCGACCCAAAGGCCACCAAGGAAGAGCUUAUCGAAAGAGUGAUAGCGAAUAUGCGUAUCCCAAGGAAGUAG